CCCCUAUAGAUAUACCAAAAAAUAAAAUUGUAACAAUACUAUAAAUUAUUUCUUAACUUACAUAUCAAAACUGUCAUCGAAAAUCCAACACCCCUGAUAAUUAUUAACUAGUGUGUUCUCGCAACAAUUGAUUGAUGCCAGCCGAAAGUUGAAAUAUAAAACCAGCUGUCUCUUAUUUAUUUCGCAUUGUAAUAAAAUACCGCUUCUUGCAAAAAUGUUGUUUAAGCGAAUCACCGCGUUUACAUCUAUCAAUACCCCGAUUUUAUAGCUUGCCGACCUCACCACCUCAGAAGUUAUGCUUUACGCUCUCAGAUUUUCAUGUCAAAAAUGUCAUUAAGAAUUAUCGGUAUCAUAAGUUUGAAAAUCUAGCUAUUUCUUCAUAUAAAAACAGUUACUUAAAGACUAUUCUACAAUAGCAAAUUUAAAACUCACACAAUUUACGCCAAACUCUGCGGUCUGCCUCAUCCGCUGCUCGCACGUAGAUAAUUUCGCAGUCAUCCACAACCGUUGUACUUCAUCACUCGUCCAUGAAUAAAUCUUUGCUGCUCCAACUUGAAUCCAACAUUUUUUAUGUUUCUCGUUAUCCCCGAACAUUAAGCGUAAGUAUUGCAGAUUCUUUUGUUUUCAGGCGAAAACUUGACGAGCGGCGCCGACGUAGCGGAGGCAAGGAAAAAUUGCGAAUUUCCACUUUAUCGAUGCAUUAAAGUUUUAUUACAUUAGAACUGCGAAAAAAACACAGAGAAAAAGUGUAGAAUCGUUAGCAGAUAAAACUAUGCAAAAACAAAAGGAGCAAAACAACAAAAAAAAAACAAGAAAGCAAACAAAGAACUAGUGAAAAUCCAUUAAAUCGUCAAUGGGGAAAAUGCAAAACUAUCGAAUAGCAAAAAUACAGGCAUUCUAAAAUAAGAAGAAAUCAGCGCCAAAAUGAAGGAACAAAUCAAAGUAUUCUAAUUUAUAAAAGUGGAAAAGGCUAAAAUGGACAAGAAGAAAGUUGCCGAAGAAAUAUUGUUGGAGAAAUGGAAAAAAAUGCACAUAAAGGAAUGCAAUGCCAAAAACCAAAGGGAACAAUGCACUUAUAGCAACAACAUACCCAUCUUCAGCUAGCGAGCGAGCAAGAAAAUGGCAGCGGUAGAGUUUUGCGAAAGAGUCGAAAGUUUAACGCUCGAUUGCAUACGGCAGCCCACAGGACCUCACCAAGUUUAGAUCCACCACAGACAGCAAAGCGUUGGACAUUUACCGCAAGCAGAGACACACAUCCAUACAUACACAGCUUUAUUGUAAACGUGACGAAACUUAAUGAAUAACGAACUAGUCAUCGGCUCACAUUCGCUAGGUGUAAACGACCGGCGCGUUAAGUUGACCGUCAGAAAACACAUAUGCCGCACGAAUUUUCAGCACACACACACACAUACAUAAAGCUGCAUUGUUAUUUCUGAGUCAGUGGGAGUCAUCCUGCCUGUACUUGUAAAUAAGUGUAUAAUAUAGGUGAACUAAGCAACGAAAAGUCUGUAUCAAUAAGCUCUAGUUGUGCGUUACAAUUUCCGGUAAGCGGGUGACAAAGCGCGUACAGCUGCCAAUUAAAAAAAAAUUAAAAAAUAAAAUAAAAUAAAUACACCUAUGCACGCACUCCAGUAAUGUUAAGAAUAUUGAUGUCAGGCUGGCAAGCAAUCGUCAGGUUCUACGGAACUCCAUAACAAAUCAAAACAAAAACCCCCAUUGGUCACUGCCAGGGUCAGCCUCGCAUCGGAUGUUGUAUAGUGUGUGACUCUACCCGUCGAUAGCAAGCAAGCACAGCUGUCGGUGGGAAACAGUAGAAUCGUUGCGUAAAUAUUCGAUAUAAAUACUAGUUUAUUUGGUGUAAAAAAUUAGUUGAUAACUAGAAAUUGAAGCGUCUACACAAAUACCCAUUAAAUUACCACAAAAUGACGCGCAAACUGUGUUUUUUGGCAGUGUGCUGUAUCCUCUUAUACACCGCCACACCCAUACAAGCGGGUGUGUUACGCGCUGACAAGCCAGCUGUGUCACCAGUAACUGAAACACAAGCCAACGGUAGCGAUAAACCGGAGAGCACGACAAUUCAAAUUAUUGUCGAAGAUGAAGUGGCGCUCAGCAGAGAUGAAGAUGCAACUGUGAAGAUUGCUAUAGCUUCCUUAGAUCCUGCACCGGACACCAUCGAAGGCAUUGCAAUUACGUUGGACACAGUAGACGAUAAAACUGCGAAACCAAGGCAAAACGAUGCGGAUGAAAACCAAACUGAGGAAGAAGUGCAAACCGAAGCCGCACUCAGUAGAGACGAAGUUGAAGCACACGAAACUGCUGAUCUUGCAAAGAGUAUACCAGCCAGCAGCGCGGAACUCACGAACACACCGCAAAAGUUCUCCAAGUUGCUGUUGCUGAGCACACCAAGACUGGCACGCGAACAGGAGGAAAAUAUUGCAGAACCCGAAGAUGUUGAUAUUAAUACCGCUGUGUCUACGGAUGACACAACAGAGUUGAGCGUUGAAAUCGAAAGUGACAAGGACAAGUGCAGCGAAGUAAGUCAAGAAGCUGACAAAAAAGCAACGACCGAAGAACCCAGCUUUCUCACACGUGUACGCGAUGCAAUUUUUGGCAAAAAAACAGUGGAGAAUACAACGCAGGCAGCUUUAGCUAAGAAGGAAGAUGCGGUGGAUAGAGAGGAGAUUAAGAAAGACGAUGAAGCCACCAUACCAGCUGCUGCCGAACAGACGCCAGCGCCACAUAACGAUAAUACAGCGACCGCUGUGCUCAUCGAAACCGAGGCUGACUAUGUGCUCGUCGACUCCGAUGUCGAGCAGCUGGAGCAUCUCGGCAGCUUCACACACGCCGACAGCGAGGAAUACUUGCAGCCCAUAGUACAUUCCGUGGAAGUAGUGCCAACGCAUUUUGAGGAACCGCUGCUUUUCACCACUAGCUACGUGCAAGCUUGGUAAUGCUUCAGCGCGGAUCGUGCCAAAGGAGUUAUUGUUAAACUAAUUUUAAUGUCGUGUUUUAGUUUCUCGAGCUUAGAUUUUACGUUUUCACACUCGACGCUACGCCGCUUUUCAUGCUUUGCGCAAAUAUUCACAUUGUGCUACAUUUUAUUAUGGGAAAGUGUAGAGUAACGAUUUUUAUAAUAUAGACGAAUAUUUUUUUUUUAAUAACUA